CACCACGGAAUCUUCUACUCCGCGAGGCACCGACAUUGGUACUCUGCAAAUUAGGGUUUGCAACUUGUUCACUGCUGUUCCCUGAAUUGCUUUGAACUUUGAAGAAUCUCCAUCUUCCGACAAUGAAGAAUAAGAACGAGGAACGCAGCGGUAAUGACAACAACAAGAAGAAACAAAUGAUGAUGAAGAAGAAGAACAUUUCGAGGUUGGGCGGAAGUGGCCUUUCGCUCGACGUUUUCGCCAAUGCCAAAUCCAGGAACAAUCACUAUAACCCAGCUCUCAUAAAAAAGCAAAGGGAGUUUCAUAAGAAUGCUAAGAAUGUGAAUAAGUUUAAGAAGUUGCUAAAGCAGCAAAACCAGCAGAACAAUCCCUCCUUGGUCCAGAGACUAACUGAGAAUGUGAAUGAAACUGAAGAAGAUAAAGACAAGAGUGAGAGGAAGACGAAGAAGAAUAGUGCCCUUAGUUUGGAAGAAUUGUACUGGAAGAAGCAUGAAGAGAAAGAGAAAGAAAGAAUGGAGAGAGAGGCAGUUCUUAAGGCAAAGAAGAAAGAGAGAGAAAAAUCUGAAGCUCGGAGAAAGGAUUUGCGGGAAAAAAUGCUUAAGAAGACCCGUAAGGGGCAGCCUGUUAUGAAAUACAGAAUUGAGCAUAUUUUGGAGACUAUUCAAGGUUCAACUAAAAGUGCAGCUGACAAUAAAUCCUGAGUAGUGGCGUAGAAAAAGGCGAAUCGCAAGACCAUCCCUUCUCUUGAAUUUUAUUAGCAUGGUAAUGUUUUUACUGAGAACGAGUGACAUUAAUUCAGUGCUGUAGCUUGAGUAGGGCAGUUACUGAGGAACGAUGUGCUUCUUAACGGUGGGAAUAUUUUGAUUAUAGAAUAUGUGAUUGUGCAACUUUCGGGUCAUACUAUUGUUCACCAGAAUUUUGUGUUAAUAAA